AUGGGGUGUCCAAACCGCACCUGCGUGGAAUACCCUUCACAAUCAUGCUCCGAGGCCUCACGGUUUGGCAUAAAACGAGCUCAGCGAUAUUUGCGCCACCACACAGUGGCAUGGAAAGUGAGGGAUACGAAAAAGAAAGCCGCAGCCAAAGAGGAGGAGGAUUGGAACGUCGCCGUGUGCGGCACACCACGUCGACCUCGGGGAGUGGCCAUGUCUUCCUGGCGCCGAGGCACCUAUGUGCUACAUCGGAAUUGCUUACCACUAGCGCUUCAAGAGUCAAGCAGUUCCGGCUCCAAGCCCUUGAGUCCGACCUCAACCGACCGCCAGCCAGAAAUAGCACCAUCACACAAGCCUCACAUACGACCUGGUAAAGGCAGACCGGAACCCAAGAGUCAUAUACCUAGGUCACAGCACUUAAUUAUCGAACAUGACAGCCCGGCAGUGUGCAUUUCUAGUCAGUGGAACACAGAACCGUCUUGUUUUGACCAGGCUCAGACGCAGUCUCCGUCAGAGCCGUUUCCAGAACAGCACUCUCUAGAACAGGCCGUGCAAGGGUACCAAGGAAAAAUGAAAGGGAAAGCGUCACAUGGACAGCCGUUGCAAGACCUGUUGGUUGACAAUCGGCCUGGCAUUGUCACCCAAGGCAAUAAGUCGCAGGAGUCUGAGCAAAGCGUUAACUCGCAGUCAUCAGUUGACGACGCCUCUGGUAGCCACGACUCACAGUCACCGGAGGGCAACGGCUUAUCUGAAGGCCCCGGUUCUUAUAUACAGACCGACAGCACAUAUAGCAUUCCUCUCACAAACGAUCAUGUUCCGAGAACAUGGAUCCAGAGGGUCGGCGAGACUUCACAACUGGAUGCACCGGGCGAUAUGCGCGGGGGCAGUAACCAGAAAGCCUCCGAAGAUGACACAGGUCAGGUCGGCGGACUCGCAUCAGCACUCUCGCGGACGGCGAGCAGGAUGCACGUCACCCGCACAAGGUCCAUGACAAACCUACUGUUUUCGAAAAGUUCCAGCAUAUUGCCAGUCCGCCGAACCAUCAACGGCCGCAUGCCGGUUGAUACCUUAGGGAAAACACCGGACACGGACGGCAGUGCCGUUUUCGCCCCACCGCCGUCUAUUUCAGCUUUGUGGGAUCUUAGCGAGGAAAGAAAUUCGAGGGAUCUUGGCACCAUUGACGCCAUCCUAGCCAGACACAAUAUGCAUCCAUCUUUAUCUGCCUACUCUGUCGACUCCUUGUCCUCCAACCGGACAACUUGUUCAUCUGGUACAAAACUGUGGACAGAGCCCUCGUCGACCGAAACUGGCCCUGAAUUGGACGAGGAUUCUAAAGACCUCGACCAUGACACGUCGUCCGACAGUGACACCCACGAGACGCUCGUAGUUCCAUCGUCUAACAACACCUCUGGGCCUGAAGUUCCUCAAAAGAGCGAAACGGAACAUCUUACCGAAGACCAAACGUGCGAAGCUGAAGCACCGGAAAGUGUGCCUGCAAAUGAUUCGCCCUGUCUGGAUCAGCAGCCAAUCCAGCGGAAAAUGCUGGCGGAAACCAACAAGGCCGUGGAGACACAGCAGGAGCCGUUUCAACUCUCUGAAGAAGGCAAGAAGUUCUCAAAAGAGCUGGAGUUGCGCUUUGCGCUGUCAGGGUGCGUCGAGAUUCCCAGCGGGACGAUACCGCGGCCUUCGCCAGCCUCGAGCUUGACGACUUCGCUUAAAAAGUCUAUUGCACUGGAUUUGCUUUGUUACGCCUCGUACGGCAAAGAGCAGGCGAUGGCACCACGUCACCGAAGCAUUCGGGAGGCCUUUCAAAAUGUUGUUGCGGGGUCCCGCUCAUUGAGAUGGCUCCGGAGCAGAGGAAGAGGGAGGAGGUUCUCGCGGAAGCCCAUUCCCGACUUUUAG